ACAAGAGGUACGUCAGUAUUUGGAGCAUCUGUCUCUACAUGGACAUGUCCAUUGUCUUAUAACAACAAUGUGAGGCAAAGGGCACAGUUAAUCUUAAAGUUCUUUUCAUUUAAUUUAAUUUGUUUGCAACUCAGGACCAUGAUGACAUGGUAUGGAGCAUAAACACAAUAUAGAGCAAAAAGCCUAGUUUACAAAUAACUUUAGGCUUAUCUGAUUGUAAUAAUAAAAUUAAUUUAAACAUAGAUGGGCGGUUUAAAUAAUGCUACAGAUCCUCUGGUUUCCAACUUUGCUUUUCCUGGUAUGACAAGUCAACAUGUCUGCUGUGUGUGACAUAAAUCAGUUGGGAACCACUGAGCUCGUUGUUUAUUAGGCAAAAAAAAAAAAGAUACAUGUACUUCAAUUUCAGUCCAUCAAUCAGCCUCUCAUACAUCACAGACUGAUUGUAGUGGCAGGGCAUUGAUCACCUGCUUUGUUUUCUCACACGCACGCACGCACGCACGCACGCACACACACACACACACACACACUUGGGUCACACUGAUACACGCCCGCUUGUAUUUGGAGGGAGAUCAGUUGUCGUAGUUGUUAGGCAUUCCACUCAAAGGUGUUUAUUUUUAGCCCGCAGCCCAUGAUCCCCCUUUAUCUGGACCUGUGCAAUUGUGGCAGAGUGAGAGAUUGUAUUACUGCUUUACUCAAGUAAACCAAACUGCACAGAACAUAUUACCAGAGCAGGACCUUAUCAAUGGGAAAUUACAAAUCAAGACCAUCUCAGACGUGUACAGAUGAGUGGAAGAAGAAAGUCGGGGAAUCGUACGCCGUGAUCAUUGAGAAGUUGGAAGACGACCUUCAGCUCAAAGACAGCGAGCUCGUGGAUCUCAAACUGGCUUUCAGCUCUGAUGAGGCUUUUCAGAAGGUGAACGUGAGCUACCGAACAGAGAAGGGGCUGUCGCUGUUGCAUCUCUGCUGCGUAUGUGGAGGUAACAAGGCCCAUAUCCGCACCUUGAUGCUCAAGGGCCUGCGUCCUUCCAGACUGUCCAGGAAUGGAUUCACUGCACUCCACCUUGCUGCUUACAAGGAUAAUGCAGAGCUAUUGACUGCACUUCUCCACGGAGGGUCAGACGUGCAGCAGGUGGGCUACGGGGCCCUCACUGCCCUGCACGUGGCCACGUUGGCUGGGCACCAUGAGGCAGCAGAUAUACUCCUGCAGCACGGAGCUUUUGUGAAUGUUCAGGAUGCUGUGUUUUUCACUCCACUGCACAUUGCUUCUUAUAAUGGUCAUGAGCAGGUGGCAAAGCUGCUGCUCAAGUUUGGGGCAGAUGUGAAUGCGAGUGGUGAGGUAGGUGACCGGCCGCUGCAUCUGGCUGCAGCCAAAGGUUUCCUCUGCAUCAUCAAACUGCUGAUGGGGGAAGGGAGCAAAACUAACGUGAAUGCCCAGGACAAUGAAGAUCACGUUCCUCUCCACUUCUGUGCCCGCUUUGGUCACCAUGACAUUGUGCGCUAUCUCCUGCAGGGCAACUUUGACGUACAGCCUCAUUCUGUCAACAUCUAUGGGGACACACCUUUACACCUGGCCUGCUAUAAUGGGAAAUUUGAAGCAGCGAAGGUGAUCAUACAGCUUUCUGGCACAGAAAGUCUGUCAAAGGAGAACAUAUUCAGCGAGACAGCACUUCACAGUGCGUGCACCUAUGGUAAAGACCUGGAGAUGGUGAAGUUCUUGUUGAGCCAGAAUGCUAUGAGCAUCAACCAUCAGGGCCGAGACGGACACACAGCUCUGCACAGUGCCUGUUUUCACGGCCACAUCCGCCUGGUGCAGUUCUUGCUGGACGGUGGCGCAGACAUGAACCUGGUUGCCUGUGACCCCAGCAGGUCCAGCGGGGAGAAGGAUGAGCAGACCUGUCUGAUGUGGGCUUAUGAAAAAGGUCACGAUGCCAUCGUCACCCUACUGAAACACUACAAACGUCCAGAUGAGUCCCCCUGCAACGAGUACUCCCAGCCAGGAGGGGAUGGGUCCUACGUUUCUGUCCCUUCUCCUCUGGGAAAGAUCAAAAGCAUGACUAAAGAGAAAGCUGAAGUUCUUCUGCUCAGGGCCAGCCUCCCAUCUCAAUUCCAUCUUCAGCUGUCUGAGCUGGAGUUUAAUGAAAUUAUUGGAUCAGGCUCCUUUGGAAGGGUCUACAGAGGCAAAUGCCGAAACAAAAUAGUUGCCAUAAAACGCUAUCGAGCCAACACGUACUGCUCGAAGUCAGACGUGGACAUGUUCUGCAGAGAGGUCUCCAUCCUCUGUCGCCUCAAUCAUCCCUGUAUCAUCCAGUUUGUGGGGGCGUGUCUGGACGACCCCAGCCAGUUCGCCAUCGUAACCCAGUACGUCUCUGGAGGCUCCCUGUUCUCUCUGCUGCACGAGCAGAAGAGGCUUAUCGACCUGCAGUCCAAGCUCAUCAUUGCCAUCGAUGUGGCCAAGGGCAUGGAGUACCUGCACAACCUCACCCAGCCUAUCAUCCACAGGGAUCUCAACAGCCACAAUAUUCUGCUGUAUGAGGACGGACACGCAGUGGUGGCUGAUUUUGGAGAAUCCAGAUUUCUACAAUCCAUGGACGAGGAUAACAUGACCAAGCAGCCGGGGAACCUGCGUUGGAUGGCUCCUGAGGUGUUCACCCAGUGUACGCGCUACUCAGUGAAGGCAGACAUGUUCAGCUACGCCCUCUGUCUCUGGGAGCUGCUGACUGGAGAAAUUCCCUUCGCUCACUUGAAACCUGAUGUCGUCCCGUCCUCAGCCGCUGCAGCAGCAGACAUGGCUUACCAUCACAUCCGUCCUCCUAUUGGCUACUCCAUCCCCAAACCCAUCUCUGCACUUCUGAUGAGAGGAUGGUACGCCUGCCCAGAGGACAGACCAGAGUUCUCUGAGGUGGUGUCCAACCUGGAGGAAUGCUUGUGCAACGUUGAGCUGAUGUCUCCAGCUUCCAGUAACAGCAGCGGUUCCCUGUCACCCUCUUCCUCCACUGACUGUCUGCUCGGGCGAGGAGGACCUGGUCGGAGCCACGUGGCCGCCUUGCGCUCCCGCUUUGAGCUUGAGUACGCUCUCAACACUCGCGCCUACGCCUUCUGGACACAGAGUGAGCGUCGCCGUGCGUCGGGAGGCCUUUCAAUGGAGGAGCUCAGAAGAAACAUGCAGUUUUCUCCUAUAGAUCGAAAUGGCUAUGUGUCUGAUCCAUUGAGCACCAUGAGAUUCUGCUCGUCUUUCAGCAGCAGUGGCAGCUUCGAGGACAGUAACUAAAACCCUCUUUAUUAUUACCAUAUUGAUUCAUACAUCUGUGCCUCUUUUUCUCAAUUCAUUUGAAUUAAAAUUGUUUAAAUAGAUGGUAGAAGUAGAUAUUGCUCACUUACUUGCUAACUAAAAUGUAUUUAGUUGUAACAUACUGUAUAUGGGUGAGUUGUGUACAGUAUACACCCAAUAUAAUAUCUAGUCUUGUAGUUUUAGGUGUAUUUGUUAUAUUAUAUAAACAUUUUUUAUAUUUUGCUGGGGCUUUUAGAUCUUGUAAAUACUGUAUGCAUAUGUUUUUCUGUGUAUGGUUUGCAUAAAUCUGAAAUACAAGCUUUUGCCAGUCA